AUGCUCCCAACUUGCACGGCUUGGAUUACUGAAAACUGCUUUAUAACGAUAUUUGUCUUCGGGAUUAAAGUUAGCUCAGAACUGUUUAGUGCUUUGAGUGGCAACAUGACACCGCAAAUUCCCGCCGCCUCGGACACACGCAUUUUAUUGAAAAAGGCCCCGACGCCGGGGGCGAGAUUUCAGUACGGCGGCGGCGGCGGCGGUAGGAGUGGCGUCGCUUUUGCGUCUGUUGAGAUGUGCGCGGCGCAGCCUCACCGAAUUCUCUCUCUCCAGUUUCCGCGCGCUCUUCCAAACAUCAGCACGCCGACACCAAAGUCCAGGACGCUUUUCCAAAAUUUUCGAAAGUCGAAGGAAAAUGGUGUGGCGGCGUCGCGACGCCUCGUGAGUGCUGUGCGUGAGUGUCUUGGGAUUUUGACAAUCGACGGGAUGUGCGGACGCUGGAUCUUCGUGGGGGUGCUCCUGGUUACUGGUGGAGACGCCCUCAAGGACGUGUCGGUGACGAUCCCUCCGGCGGUGAAGAUCAUGGACACGGUGACGCUGCAGUGCAGGUACGACCUGCAGGGGGAGCAGCUGUACACGGUCAAGUGGUACAAAGGGCAGAAGGAGUUCUUCAGGUACAUCCCGAAGGAGCUGCCCAGCACGCAAGUGUUCCCUUUGCCCGGGAUCAAUGUCGAUCUGAGCAAGUCCAGUUCUAACGAGGUCGUCCUCCGGAAUGUGCAGCCGGAAGUCACCGGACGAUUCAAAUGCGAAGUUUCUUCGGAUGCACCCAAUUUCUAUACGUUCAUAGUUUCCGGAUACAUGUAUGUGAUUGACGUCCCAGAGGAAGACCCCGUCAUGACGUUCGAAAAAGAUCUAUUAGAAAUGGGUUAUACAGUCCGUGGAAACUGUACGUCACCUCCUUCUUAUCCACCAGUCAAUAUCACCUGGUUGCUUAACGGGAAAAAGAUCAACGCAAGUUCGCUUAAACACAUUCCAGUGCCGAACGCCAUUGUAACCGACAGUCGGCGCCAACCACAUAUUACGCAGUCAGCUUUAGAGCUCGAAAUUGAUAGUAAUACGUUCGAAGGUGGAAAAGCUCGUCUACAGUGUGUCGCAAGUUUGUUCCAUUUGUAUAAACGAGAAGUCGAACUCAUUGUCGAAGAGGAAAAGCCACGACCUCGCCCGUCCUCGGAGCUUCGAACUAGAGAUGCGGCAGAUGGCGGCCAGGUGCAGCGAGGACGAAGGACCCUUCUACUUGUGGCGUUACUCCUCGUGGGUUUACGGUAACAAUGAAGCUAAAAAAAGUGUCCGCGACAGUAAAUACAAUCAAAAUAGCAUGUAAAUACUGAUGAUGUAAAUAACGAAUAGGAUUGUAAUGAAUAGAUUAAAACAUUUUAUACCUACGUGAAAAUGAGCGGUUUUAAGUAAAAUCCUGUAUAUUAGUGCUAACUGCGUUAUUUUUCGAAAGGGUAUGACAUUGUGAUAAACUGUGAAAAGUGUAAAUAAAACUUAAUCAGUGUACCAUAAUAGAUAAAGUAUAGGAAAAUAUAAAUGUAUUAAGUAAGAACGUGGUGACGCCACGGACUCUCGGAGGCAAAGUGUUAUUCUUCUUUGUUUGGAAGUCGACGGAGUAGUCGACGCUACCUAAAUCAAAUCUACCAUCUGUAGUUACUGGGUGUUCGAUCCAUCAUUAUAUUGUUGUAAGAUGUACUACAUAUUUGUUACCUAUUGUAAAACCCGAGCUAAAUAAAGUAUUGUUAAAAACGUUCUUUGUGCAUUCAGCUAA